ACCGUCGAAGCUCAGUCGGCGCCCAACCACAGUCCGCGACGGUCGCAACCCUUUAUGCGGAAAAUUCAGUAUAAUAAUUUGUUUCUUAACUGAAAAUAGAAGUGACCGAUUUCCUCCAGCCGGCUGUUACACGCUGCACUCAAGUUAUUAGCCAUGGCGGUGUGUCGCAUGGCGUACAGCGUGGCGGCGCUGGCGGCGCUGUGCUGCGCGCUGUCGCACACGGUGCGAGCGCUCGACCUCAACCGCCUGUACGGACACCACUCUAAACGAUCCGAAUACUGUCACCCGUACGAGCCGUUCAAGUGCCCGGUGGACGGCAACUGCAUCUCCAUCCAGUACCUGUGCGACGGCGCCCCGGACUGCAUCGACGGCUACGAUGAAGACUCCAAGCUUUGCACUGCGGCGAAGAGACCCCCAGUGGAGGAGACGGCGUCAUUCCUGCAGUCGCUGCUGGCGUCCCACGGGCCAAACUACCUGGAGAAGCUGUUCGGCAGCAAGGCGCGGGACGCCCUCGAACCUCUGGGAGGGGUCGAGAAGGUCGCUAUAGCUCUCUCUGAAUCACAAACGAUCGAGGAUUUCGGCGCGGCAUUACAUCUGAUGAGGUCGGAUCUGGAGCACCUGCGUUCCGUCUUCAUGGCGGUGGAGAAUGGCGACCUGGGAAUGCUGAAGUCUCUCGGAAUCAAAGACUCGGAGCUCGGCGACGUCAAGUUUUUCCUGGAGAAGCUGGUGAACACCGGCUUCCUCGAUUGAAUAGCCCCGGAGUCCGCCUCUGAAUACUACCAGGUCGUCCAAAUAGCCCCCCUUAGCCCCGCCUUCUAUAGUUACCUCCCAUAUGACGCUCCGAGAUACAGAAAGUGAUCAUGUAAUCUGUACCCUCCAUGUUAUGUCCCCCUAGUACUUUAGAUUUGUUUAUUGUUGUUGCGAAUGGCUGGUAUUUAAGUAAUUUAUUUUGUUCCCUUUUGGAAGAAGCGACUCGUUCGUUGUUAAUAUUGCAUUUUCUACAACCGGCCACGUAGACUCAAUUUUAAUCAGAACGACUCUCUUCUGAAACUAAAGGCUACUUUAGUAAAAUCCUAGGAUAUUUAGAUAUUAUAUAUAUUUUUAUAUAUAUAAAUUGUUGCUUAAUUAGGUUUAAAACCUAUUGGUGAAUUAAUUUAUUAGCGUUAUAUGCCCCUAAUAACUUGCUCAGAGGUUAAAUCUCGCGUCUACAUCGGAUAAGGCAUAAUAAAGUUGUGUGUAGUAUCUUGUGAAGAGUAUAUAUCUAAAUAAGCAACAGUCAGGUGGUAAAUGCCGACUCCGAUGACCUCUGAUAGCGACUUAAGCCUAUAAAAUGUUAUGGUUGCGUGAAUGAGUGGAUUUUGAGUGUUGCCUUUUAUACCCGUGGCAAGAAAUAUUGUUUUGUACCUCUCCUAAAACGAGUCAGAGGCGACUCCUGCGUACGUCCAUUCCAAGCGAGAUAUAAAGCUACAAGUUGGUCUUCGUUGAAUGUUUUAGAUUUAAAAAUAUAUGAACCGUUGAAAGAAUGCAUGCGCUUUAUAUCUGGCUGAUGGUGUUGUCCAGAGUAGGACCAUGGAUACAUAUCAUUAUAUAACUAGCGAAGUAGGCAUAGACAUACAUACAUAUCAUAGAUUAUUAACUAUUAUUAUUAUAUAAUCCGUAGUAGAUAAAGUACAAUAUUUUAAUAUGAUCGAUAUUGUAGCAUUUGAUGAGUAAAACCUAAGAGUCUUUUGUAGUGAUAUUAAAUGUUCUUUCACAUAUCAUAUUAAAGGAAGUGUUUAAAACAUAAGGUGCUGUGCACAAACCGAAACAUAUCAAAAUUAUGUGAUUAUUAUUAGAUUAUAUGAUAUAACACGUUAUAUACUUAGAAGUAGAAACGUUUUAAUAAUAAAUAUAUUCUUGAAACUUCUCAAACUGUUUAAAAAUGGUGACAAAAGUUUGCCUGCGCAGUUACAUGUGAUUUGUAUUUUGAUCGUUUUGUGUCUAUUUGUGAACUUGAUAACUUUUGUCAAAUGCGGGCUAGAUAGACAACGAAUUACUAUUUAAUGUGGUGUUUUAAUCUUAAACGGGAUAAACCGAGGUAGGUACAUCAUAACUGAAGCGUUAAGUAAAGCGAGUGACGGCACAGAGAACAAGCGGAGCGUGAAAAUGGCUACAUUAAUUAAACAAUAAUAUAAAUUGAAAGCUCGUUAAGAGCCUGUAUUUGUCAGAAGUUGCCGCAAUCCGCGUAGGUUUCCUUCACAUCCAUCCUUAAGCAAACACACGUAGGUAUGUAUUUGACAUUGUUGCUCUCUAAAAGUGGAUAAAAUUGAGAUAGGCACUUGUUUACUCGAAACUACUGUAAAACUAAAAUGGAAAAUCUUCUAAACGUAUAAAACAAGCGCUCUCCGGUUUAAACUCUAGUCGUGACAUCCUAUUAUUAUGUGUCUAUUUAAAUCUUUGACAUUCUUAUCAAAGUAGGUAUCUAAUACUUUAGAAUAAGGUUUUUUAAAAGAAUACAUAUCAGUGUUAUUAUAGUGUAAUGUUUAUUAAGUUGAUCCUUGCGUCAGAUUUAUUAGUCGUAAGUAAAAUAAGAUCUCUACUGGAAGUCGAUUUCUGAUAGUUAUUUGAGAAUGUGUUUUACUGUGUACCUAAAUGGCUUAUCGUUCGUAAAGACAAUCAAUAAAUGAUUCAUCUUGAAA